AUGGCAUCUCCAGGGUAUCCUGGUGUUGUUCCUUUCCCCCGGUGCCCUGUCAUUUUCAAUGGCACAAAUUGGGGAGAUUUUGUUUUCCAUAUGGAGGUCCAUAUGGACGGACAGUUGCGGUGGGGCUACCUCAUGGGGGAGUGGAUCUGUCCUUCGCAUCCCAUUCUCCCCACGCCGCCCAUGUACCUGCCAGAUGAUGUUGAUGAUGCCAUGAGUGCUUUACUUGAGGCGUUUGAGCUUGAGACGGAGAGCUACCAGUCUGAUCUCGGUGUUUAUGAGACUUAG